AUGUUUUGGAGAAAUCCUGACGGCCAGAACGAGCCUGUCCAGGAUCAGGAUCAACAAGCAACAACCACUGACGCCCCAGAUACGCAAGGGCCUGAUGACCAAACACUGCCUGAACAGAAACAACUGACAGGGUUUUUCUUUUGGCUGAGAGCUGCCGAGACAGAGGAAGCUCCUAAGGAUGAAGUGCCUGAGAAUGAACAGCCUGGUGAUGAACAGCCACAGCUGACAAGGCCGUGGUAUAGCUUCUUCUCCUCAGAUGAACCCCAGACGGGGCAGGAGGAGCCAGAACCCGAGCAGAAACAGACCCUGUCGUGGUUUUGGCCUUUUUCGUCGGCUGUGGAGCCUGAGCUGGAUACAGAGGAUACAGAUAAUGCCGAGGUGUUUCGUGCUGCUAGGUCAACACUAGAGAAUACCAGAGGAAACGGCCAUUACGCUAUAAAGUACGUGCGUGGGGCAACUACGGCCCAUUUGGCUGUGUGUGGAACGGAUACAGAGCAGGCUCCCGUACCGUUUAACGUGAAGAAGGUUCCAGCGUUGCCUAAUGAGCUUUUGGAGGCGAACUUGGUGAGUGCUAAGGCUAAACAGAAGGCGCUCGAGGAACAAAGGGCACAGGAACAAAAGGCUCAAGAGCAGAAGGUUCAGGAACAAAAAGCUCAAGAGCAGAAGAAUCAGGAUUCGAAAACUCAGGGUCCAGAUAAGCUGGCAGCCCAGGCGGCAGCCAAAUCGGUGGCUGCAAACCCAACGGUUGCUGCUACUCCUACACCUGGAUCACCAGAACCUACAAAGAAGGAAACGGCUGCUCGUAAGCCCAAAGAAGGAGCAUCCAAGACCAUGGAAACGUCAGUAACACUUCCAAAGAAACCAACUCCAGAAGCAAAACCAUCGAGAACUCCUUCAGUCCAUUCCGAACUUCAGACCCCUCUGGUUCUCCCAUACAUGGAUAACAACUUUCGUGAAAUCACUCUCAUCACCAAGGCCCGUCUUUUAGGUGAAAAGUUUAUCAAAGGUGAUCAGACAAGUGAAAAGCAUCUUUAUCUCAGCACAGAGGGAUCAAUUCAUGCCAAGAAGCGGAAAAGGACAAAGAACGUUGUCGUCAUCAGCAUGCAUAGUCUCUUGCCACCUAAAUUUGUCAGAAACUAUAUUGCACAAUCCACGGGCAGCGCUAAACAAUUUGGACUCAAGACAAUAGACGCAGUGGCACGGUGGCUCGAUGAGGAAGAGGAAGAUAAGGCCAAGGUCGAGAUUUCUGCCAUUUGUCUCGAGGGUCAAGGCACGAUCACGGAUAGAGUACGUGAAUCAUUUAGGCUUUUGCGCAAUUGGAAGCAUGAAAUCAAUUCUGCCGAUAUGGUGCUUUUCGUGAGUAGCUCAAUUGCAACGCCAGCGGCCAUUACGCUAUUCAGUGCCAUGCAUCAAAGCGAGGAGUUUCAUUUGCAUCGCAAAAAGCUAGGCAUGCUUAAUAUGUCAGGGAUCCAUUGCGGACCAUACCCUGGACUCAAUGCUCGAGUUGUGAUACGAGCGUACUAUCCUGCUGAGAAUGAAAUUAUCAAGGAGCUUUUUGAAUUACAGAAGACGGGUUCAGAAACGUCAAAGCAGCUAAGCGCUGAUACCAAGUAUUUGUGCGAGAACAAUGUGAAGAUGACGCUUGUUGGAGCAUUGAACGACCAAUUUGUUCCAUUGUUUUCAUCAGUGGAUAGUUUAGUGAGCCAUCCGAAUAUUUUCAAGAGUAUUUUCGUGGAUGAACAGUGCAGUGUUCCAGCAUUUAUCGUGAAGCUCUUUCUGGUGAUUUUAACGAUGCAAAACGUCGGAUACCUGGAUCAGAACAUGAUAACCGAUUUAAGCGAGCGGCUUCAGGGCCCUGUGAAUGUGAAUAAUGGGUCGCACGGGCGCAUAUUUGACAAUGACGAGGUCUACGACACUGGGGUUAGGUUUGCCAUGGAAACGACAACGUUGGUGCGGUUCAGAGCACUUAAGUUUGAGAGACCCAUCGGUACACGAGCCACAAACAGCCGAGGCAACAGUCGAGCAGGCGUUGGCCCAGCACGGAAGCCAGACGGGGCUGGAGCCGGUGGAGCAACGGGCGCAACCAGUGUAGUUUCCAACAGUGGAGGAGGCAGCAGCAGCAGCGCCGCGGCAGUUGGAUCAGUGGGGACCGCUGCUGCCAACGAAAGCAGUACAGGCGAGGUGUGGCAGAGCGACAAGAAUUUGUAUCAUUUACCGUGGAACGUGCGAGGCGUUGUAAAUGACUUGCUCGCAAUCAAGAACAUUGAAAACCUACUGUUGCUUAUGGAUCUUGUUGAAGAGUACAGACGGUGGGAGCCCACCAAGGCGUGGCGAGAAAUGAAGCAUUGUUUUGCGGCGUUUGAAGAGUUUUUACUAGAUGAUUUGAUGCUUUAG